AUGGCUUGCUUGGAUAGCAACUUCGACACCAUUCCGUCCUCAACGGACAGGCUACACAGAAAGGGCAGCUGGACACCUAGCGAAGAUGCGCUUCUAACAAAACUGAUGCAGAAAUGUAACGGCAAACCAACAGAGAAGAAUGGCGCUAAAAAACAGGUAAACUGGGUAAGCGUCGCGCAACACUUUGAGAGGCGAAAUGCCAAAGACUGUCGCAAGCGUUGGAGCAGCAGCUUGUGUCCCGGCAUCUCUCGAGGCAGCUGGACGCCAUCGGAGGACAAGCUCCUGCAACAGGGAAUGCAAAUUUAUCCGGGACAAUGGGCUAAGAUCGCCACAUAUGUAGGAACCCGAACCGGUGACCAGUGUUCGAGCCGGUGGCGCGUGCUCAGUUCUGGUGCGGACUGGAACGAGGAAAGAGACCGUAUCCUACUCGAUUUUGUCAACAGGCAUGGAAAGAGAUGGGCAGAGGUACGUAGACAGUGGCUCCCCAUGUUCACCAACGCCGAAUGCCGCAACAGAUAUCAUCGCAUUAUCCGACGGCUGAGUGCAGAUAAGCGGCACGAGACCGAAAUCGAAACGCUCAAGUUGGUGUGCAAUCGCGACGCAGCAGGCCCUUCAUUGUUGCCAUCACUGACGGAUGAGGGCAAAGUGCUAGAUGUCGCAGGCAGCGCGUCAAGUUUGGCAUCCACAAGCAGAAGGGCGAGCAGUAGCAGCAUCUUCAGCAGCUGCAUUAGUGGCGGUGAAGAUCUAGCAGCUGGAUCCACCUCGUCGAUUUUCCUCAAUCAAGGAGUACAAAAACGCGAGGAGCCGAUGCUGGCGAUGGUCCAGCAGAUGAUGACCAACGAACAUGCACGUGGUACCCUCAUGCAGCUUGCAGAAACUAUUGUUUCAGUCUCGCAUACCCUAAAUCAGGAUCAAUCGCCGCAACCAACGGAUUCUGCCACUCGAGACGAUGGUUUGUUCUUAACCCAUUGGCUUACUAGUGUCUUCAACAGCAAUAGUGAUGCUGCAGGCAUGUGCGAUACGAGCAUGCUAGGUGUCUCGAACACCAGCACAACCCAGGUCGGUGAGAAAGCAUGGUCCGAUGUGCUAGGGCUCUCUAACUGCGAAGCAAUGUCCACACCCACGACCACAUCAACAACACUGAGUGCCGAUUCAUCGGUAUCGCCAACCGCAAUAGUAUCCACGACUGCAGCAGCGGCCGACUUCGCGCCCAUGGUCAGCGCCCAAAACUAUACCGGAAACGUAUUUGACUCGAGCAUGCGCAACUGGACGGACGCGUGCCUUUCUCAAGCAUGGAUAUGUCCUAAUUAUGCUCCCAAUAACUUCAGCAGCCCCAACGGCGUUGACACAGGAAGCAACAACCUUGUCGGAAGCAGACAGUCGCUGGACGCUGUUACUCAUUCAUCAAUGCCGAGCUUGGUGCAUCGGUCAAGUGGUUGGUGGGGCUGA